AUGCCGCCCAAAAAGCCUUCCUCUCCCAAGAAGGAUGGAGGCAAAAAGAAGGGCAAGAAGGAGGAGGGCCUGGAAGAGAACAAGGACCCCAACUCGGAAGCAGCUGGGGCGUCGGUUGAGGAGCUUCUCAAUCGGAUCUCAGCGCUCGAGUUGGAGAAGAACAAAGAGGAGGAGUACCGAAACUACAUGCAGCUUGAACGCGACAAGAUUGCGUCCUUUUGGGAGAUCUCGAAGAAGGAGCUGGAAGAUCGGCGCGCGGAGCUGCGCAACAAGGACCGCGAGAUGGAAGAAAUGGAGGAGCGGCAUGCGGUAGAGAUCAAGGUGUAUAAGCAGAAGGUGAAGCAUUUGCUAUACGAGCACCAGAACAACGUGGCGGGCCUCAAGGCCGACGGCGAGGCGGCGCUGAAGCUGGCGGGGGAUGCGGCGCAGAAACGGGAGAACGAUCUGAUGCACGACGCGCGCGCGCUGAAGCAGGAGAUGAAGGAGGCGGAGCUGUCGCACGAGGACAUUGUGCGGCAGCUGAAGCUGGAGCACGCCAAGGAGACGACCAAGCUGCGGCAGGAGUUCGAGACGAGCGCCAAGGAGCUGCAGCAAAAGUACGAGAAGAAGAUCAAGAUUCUGCGCGAGGACUUGGAUCUGAAGCGCAAGCAGGAGAUUCACGAAAUUGAGGAGCGCAAGAACGUGCACAUCAACGAGCUGAUGAAGAAGCACGAAAAGGCGUUCGCGGAGAUCAAGAACUACUACAUCGACAUCACGCACAACAACCUGGACCUCAUCAAGACGCUCAAGGAGGACGUUGCUGACAUGAAGAAGAAGGAGGCGAGCAACGAGCGGCUGAUGUACGAGAUCGCGCAGGAGAACAAGCGGCUGAGCGAGCCGCUGACGAAAGCGCUCAAGGAGGUCGAGACGCUGCGGAAACAGCUGGCUAGCUACGAGAAGGACAAGACGUCGCUGCAGCAGGCAAAGGCACGGCUGGUGGACACGGAGAAGAAGCUGAAGAACCUGGAGUGGGAGCAGGAGAUCCUCGAGCAAAAGUUCGGACAGGUGUCAUCCGAGCGCGACGAUCUGUACACCCGCUUCGAGUCGUCCAUUCACGACGUGCAGCAGCGGAGCGGGCUCAAGGCGCUGCUGCUAGAAAAGAAGGUCCAGGUUUUGUCCGAGACCCUGGAGAAGAAGGAGGCGCAGCUAGGGGAGGUGCUGACGGCGUCGAACCUGGACCCCGGGACGCUGGAAGACGUCACCAACAAGCUGGAUGACGUGCUUGAGUCCAAAAACCAGCUCAUCAAGGCGCUGCAAUACGACCUCGCCAAGGUGUCUAAGGCUCAUAACGACCUGAUCAGAGUGUACGAGUCGAAGUUGACUGAGUUUGGCGUCCCAGUGGAAGAGCUAGGCUUCCGACCACUCAUUACCAAGACCGGCCCGGGGCCUGCGGAUCUGGUGGUGGGAGCCUAA